AGGGUUACCAAAUUAGGGAGGGAGCAGUAGAGGCUCAGACUCACUGCCUUUCACUUCCUGCCUUCCUCCUUUCCUUUUCUUCUCUGGAUAGAUAGAUAGAUCACACCAUCAUCAUCAUCAAUUAGAUCAUGGAAUUUUGCAUUCAAACCCACUCAUCUUCUUCUUCUUCUUCUUCUACUGCUUCCUUUUCUUCUUCACCUCUCUGUAAUUCCCACCUGUUGUCUUCUGGAAGUAAAUUGAUCACAAUCACGGACACCACCGCCAUGGCGUCGGCGUCGUUGUCAUGGUCAUCACCCUUCUGCGUUUCUUUUCUGUUCUGUGCCAUAACAAUCACUGCUACCCAUAAUGCUCUGAUAUUUUAAUAAUUAAUAUUACAUUUCUUCUUCUUCUUCUUCUUGUGUAUACUUUCUUGGGUUUUCUUUCUUCUCACACAUUUAUUUCUUGGAACCAAUUUCUCUCUCCAAUCCAGUAGUAGUAUAGGAGGAAGCAGGCUAGAAAAUGAUGCGUGAUUCACUCAUCACUGUUGCUACUGCAACAACCAUGCCGCCACCACCACCAGCACCUUCAUCUCAUGUUUUGCCCAUCAGGUAUGAUCAUGAACAACACCGGCGUUGGAGGAGAAGAAAUGGGAAUGUUAUUGUUUCAGUUUCAGCUUCAGCUACCCCUCUUUCAAUCAAUCAGACGACCAUGGACUCAUCUUCCCGUCGUCUCAAAACUUAUCAGGAGGUUGUCAAGUCCGCAAGGGAAAAGUUCACCCAGGAAUUCUCCUUCCAAUCCAAGGACAAAGACAUUUCCCUUGCUAAGGCUUUGCUGUACAUUGCAUCAGAAGAUGAGGCAUUUAUCGCUCUCAAUCAAGAGAUGGAUGCUUGCUCACUCCUGAAUGAGAGGAGAGAUGUUUCAGUUGCAUCGAAUGCCCAGGAGUGGGAUUGUGUGGAGCAGAUGCCUUUGGCUGGAAAGACAAUAAGUGAGUGGGUCAGUGAAUUGGACAACAUCACCAAGGAGGUCGAAGCAGAGCUAGUUUCAAGAGACAUAGGUUGCCAUUUGGUUGAACUUUUGGAUUCAGUGAAUCUAGUCCUUUUUGAGUUGAGAGGCUUCAAAAGAUCACCUGUUGUUGUAGAUUCAAAGUAUUCAUACUUGCACACGGUAUUAAGCACCAGAUGUGGCAGUGCAAUUUUGCUUAGUAUAAUUUACAUUGAAGUCUGUAGACGACUUGAUCUGACCAUUGUGGGAUCUCGAGUUGGGGAAGAUUUUUUGAUAUGGCCCCAAAUGGGGAACCCAGAGGAGCUCUUCAAGGUAACUUCAGGGCACAGCUUGUUUGCAAUUGUCAACGGAAGGUGUGUUGAGGACCCUAGAUCAAAGGCAUCGGAUUUAACUGGAAACUCUCUUUUGGGACUUGAGAUAGCUACAAAACGAGACAUUAUAGGGAUUGCUCUGGCCAAUUUGAUUAGGCUUCACUGGAAACGUGCUUCAAGAUCAAAUCCUGGAUUGAUGCUGGCUUCUCCACUUAGGCAUGCUCAUAAUACUGAUGAAAAACUUAUCAAGUUCCAUAGUUCAAGUAUUCCUUUGCUUCGGCCUCAAGAUCUUAGGCUGGCUGUCAUGGCUUCGGAAAGAUUGUUGAUUCUGCAACCGCAUAAUUGGGCUUUGAGGAGAGACCAUGGCAUGAUGCUGUACUAUAACAGGAAAUAUGGUCAGGCAGUGCAAGAGCUUAGCAUUUGCAUGGCAUUUGCUCCAGAAGAAGAGGCGAAAGUCCUAGAAGCAUUUGUUGAGAAAUUGCACUUGUUGCGGCUUGAAUCAUCAUGGAAGUCUUUGGGACACACUGGUCAGCUAACAGUUCCUUGAGGUGUUUGUACAUAAGUCUCCCUCCCUCCUCCCCUUCUCUUUGUAAUUAAAAUGAUGUUCCGUUGUUUGUUGCAAGAGUGUGUUUGUGUGUAUAUGCGCAUGCGCGCGUGUAUGUUAGAUUCAUAUUGUAAACCUGACUGAGUCAAAUAUGGUGGUUUUAAUUUAA